AAAAACAAACCCUGAGCAGCACUGAAAUGAAACCAGGACGGCGGGGAAAUCGCGGACUUGGCAACUCAGGCGCCUUGUUGAUAAGCCAGUUUCACGUUGAUGCCAAAACGGUGAAAUAUAUUUAGUAGAAAUACAAUACUAUAUACUCUGCGAGCGGAGUGUGAGGACAGUUUUGUAUAGUAAAUUCUGCUUCAGCUCAUCCGUUCUUUUGGAGAAGUAAAAAAAGAAAAGGAAAAAUGGACGGAGGCUUUGCUCCAGGAAAUGACUACUAAUGUUCUCCGCCUCAACCCACAGAGUCUAAAACACCCGAGUCACAUUUACUGUUUCACUGCGCUUCUUCUUAGACCAUGGACCACAUGGAGAUGAAACUCUGAGAGUAAAACGCUGAAAGAUACGCAGGGAUGCAGGGGUAUAUAGCACGGGUUUGUGUGUUUGUGGCAGCUGCUAUUCUCAACCACCCACUGCUUUUCCCAAAGGAGAACACUACAAUCCCCGAAGAGGAACAUGACGUUUUGGCCCGAAUGAAGGAGCAUGAAGAGAGACUGCAAGCAGAACAUGAACGCCUUGAACAAGAGAUCUCAAAGGCAGAUGAAGAAGUGACAAACUCUAGCAUUGACUACUAUGGUUGGUACUUCUGGAGCACACUUUCUCUUGUCAUUUUUUUUACUAUUGAAGUUUGUAGACAGGACAUGAUCUCUGGUGAUGCACCUGACCAUAUUGAAGAUAAUGAAGCGUACACCAAUGGUGGAUUUGUCAGUCCUAAGAAUCUGAUUUUCGACAAAAGUGUCCUAAGCAACCUUUGUGAGACCAACUUUAAAUCAUUUGUCCAUGAGUGUGGGAGAGUGCAGGAGUUUGUUGAAGGCUUUGCAGAUGACCUUCUGGAAGCUUUUAGGAGCAUUUGUGACCGUGAGUUUGACAUGGAACUUGAGGACUUUAUUGGAGUGGGCAGCAUGUUUGAGUCCUGGAGAGUGUAUAAGCCUUUUAUGUCUGACAUCAUUGUGCCAUUUGUAAUACCAGAACCAUACCACUUUCAGUUUGAGCUUUGGUGUGGUGAAUCGUCUAACAUCCCUUUGGACAUGCAAGGAUGUGGGAGGAUUAAGUUGGUAAAGAUUGGUGAGAAUUGCCCAGACUGCCUCUCUGGCAAUACCGCACUUGAUGAUGAUAUGCUCUGCCUGCUACACAACAAAAAACACAAUAACAAAGCCGAUGACCAUGCUUUGGAAGAACUGCUCUGCUCAAGAAACACUGCUUAUCUGUCUAAAGAUCAGUUCAUGAAAUGGUUCCAGAUCUCAGUGACCAGAGCAUGGGGGCGAAUCUCGCACAAAUAUGAGUUUGAGCUCACUUUCCGAAACCUAGAUUUCCCUGGUGCCUUGAAGGUCAGGUUCAAGUCAGGAAAGGUUGUUGUUUUAAACAUCACACCUGCUAUUCAACUUGAAGACACACAUGCAUACUUUAUCUCUUAUUUUCCUUCAGACACCAGUAACACCACAGAUGUCUACUGGCAUAUCUCAUUCUCUGUUUAUGAAAGAAACUUGCUCAAACACAUGGCAAAGAAACUUCCAAGAAACUCUUGUCAUCUCCGAUGCCUACAGCUCGUUUCAUUCUUGCACAAAAAACAGUCAGGUCUAGGAGGUAAAAGUGGCCUUACAAACUACCAUCUAAAAACUGCAUUCUUGCAUCUACUAUUGAGUAAAUCUCCUACAUCAUGGAGACCGCUAAACCUGGACCAGAGAUUGCGGGAUUUGUUGGCUUUUCUACAAAAAAGCCUACAGGAAAAGAGGCUAACUCACAUUAUCAUUGGGAAUCCACUUGUUCCACUUGAAAUUGGGGUUCCAGCAAUAUUUCAGGUUGCAGAACCAAUAAACCUUUUCAGGCCUCUAGUGUUACAGAGGCAGGUCUAUGCAAAUAUAGUGGAAAACUUUGAAGAGAUGCUCAGAAAUGCACCAGUGCUUAUUCGAGAGUACACAUCACACUCAGCCAACGGUGGACUCAAUUCAGCCAUUGACAACAACUUAAGAGGUUCCACAUCAGUCGUGGAGACCACCAGAACAUAACUGCGUACAUAUUUUUUUAUGCACUGAAUUACUUAGUACUAGUUGUACAUUUGAUUAGAAAAGCACUUGUGGUUUUGAUGAUUGUAGACAGGCAGCUAUUAUGUGCUAAUGUGUUUAUAUCAAAAAAAUAAAUGCUUGUUUAAGUGUAAUGUUAAAAAAAUAAAUCAUACACAAUUUU